GCGGCGUCCCUGGUUACCGGCCGGGCGGCCGAGCGGGCCGGGCAUGGGGCCGCCGCGCUGCAUCUGCCAGAUCUGCUCCUGCGGACGCCACCGCUGCUGCCACAGACCCACAAAGAUUUAUGAUGAUGGAGUGCAGCCGAGCCACAAAACGGAGUAUUUGGAGAAGUACCCUGGCUAUGGCAACAUCUGCCCUCCCGAGAGCUGUAAGCCAAAGCCAGAGCUCCAAGAGAAUCGGGCGAGAAUGGACGGCACCACAACGUUCAAAUCUGAUUAUUUACCAUAUGAAAUUGUUACGAGACCUUUUCGGCCACAAACAGAAUAUAGACCAAAGUCAGGGAAGAUUGACCUGGGAACCAUUUACCAGAGAGAUUACAAUCCCCAUAAAGUAGGACCAGUGACAUUAGUAAGGCCUCGAGAGAGGAAACACACUUCAGAUGCAAAAGUGGAUACCAUCCCAACCUACCGAGAUCACUAUAGGUUAUGGGAAAGUCAAAGAACAGAAUCCUGUAAGGUGGAGCGUGACUACGAGCCACCUUCGGAGAGGUUUGGAAAUCCUUCCACGUUUCAAGAUGACUACAUCCCUAGGCAGCCCAAUCCCCCCCCAAGCUGUAAACCUUGUGAUAGCAAGCUGCCAGAGGGGCCUUUUGAUGGCAACACCAUCCAUCGCACCGCGUACGUUGUCCAUGAGCUGGAGCCCUUGUUCGUGAGGCCAAGGGAAGAGUACAAGCCAAGCGACCAGCCCUUUGAAGAUCUCACAACCCACCAGAGAGAUUUUAAAGGGAUACCUGGGGAACAAGCAAAAAGUUGCAAGCCUGAAAGUAGAAAACAUGGAUCUGAUGAUCCUUUUAAAGGAACCACUGAAUUCCAGGAUCGCUAUCAGCCAUAUUUGGUCACUGCACCCGAUUUCCGCAAACCAAGAGAAUACGUUCCACCCACAGACAAGAUGGACCUCAAGUCUUCAAACCGUCUUGAUUACAUUAAACACAAGGUUGCUCCCAGAGCCCCCAUAAAACCAGCUCCUGGCAGAAAAAGUACUGGCCCUUUUCAAGGGAAGACUACUACAAAAGAAGACUAUCAACCCUGGAGAGUGUGUCCACAAGGGCUUAUUAAGAAAGAAGAGGAAAUUCAAAAGCCCACAGGAAAAUUUGCUAGUUUAACUACAUUCAGGUCCCAUUACAUACCACAUCAGGCCAAUCCACCUCCAAGUUUCAAACCUGUACACGCUGUAGCUACUGGAGUUCCUUUUAAAGAUGAAACUUUGUAUCGCACUGAAUAUACGCCAAAGAAGAAAGAGGUCUGCCCAGGACUUAAUCCAGAUGCUCUGGGUUAUGUCUAUGUAAACACAGAUUCUCAGGGUCACAGAUUCUACCGCCAGGUGUCCCCAGAACGUUCUGGGUCAAACUGUAGUCCUAUUCCAGAGGAAGUGCCUGCUGUGUCAUAAUACUUACAUGCAAUAUUUCAAGCACCAUAGAAAAAUAAUUGGAAACCAACCUGUUCAUUUUCUCUUUAAAUAGCACUGAAAGCAAAUUAAAUACUCCACAUUUUGCUUUUAGAAAUUUGAAGAAAACCAAAGCCAAACCAAAGUUUAUUACAAGACUAAUAAAGUUUUGCCAAAUGCUGAAGGAGCACUAC